AUGGGAAGUCUUGUAUGUUUAAUGGUGGUCGGAUUCUUAUCUGUUGUCAUACAAUACACAGCAGGAAUACGAUGCCAGCAUCCGUGGAUACCUUUUGGGAGGAACUGUUAUUAUUUUUCAUCGAAAAAACAAGUUACAUUCUUUGUUGCAAUGGAUGCUUGUGACUCAAUGGGAGGGCAUCUUCUUGAAAUACGAAAUAAACUGGAAGAGAAUUGGAUUUCAAAACAAAUUAAGAAGAAAGGCUACAAUCGCGGGGUGUGGUUAGGGUUUCAUGAUAUGAACCACGAAGGGCAAUUUGUGAGCUUGUCUUCUGGCGGGGGAAAUCUUUGCUACAGUAAUUGGCAUCAAUGGGAACCGAACGAUGCUGGCGGUGAGGACUGUGUAAUGUUCAUACGUCAAACAAAGACCUGGAAUGAUUUAAAAUGUUCAAAAUAUUUAAAUUAUGUAUGCAAAAAAUAA